UCUCUUCAUUUAUAAGGAACCAAGAAAAAAAAAACUCAUUCUCUUUACGUCACAAAGGCUUUGAUCCCAAUAUGGACCCUUUCCAUCAUCAUGAACAGCAACUUUAUCACUUGAUCCAACAGCAACACACCCCUCUACCGCCGCAGAGCACGACGGCUGCGAUGGAUUCCGGUGGCGGAGGAGGUGAGAGAAUCCCACAGUGGAGCAUAGAGGAAACAAAGGAGUUUUUGGGGAUAAGAGAAGAGCUUGAUCAGACUUUCAUGGAGACCAAACGUAAUAAGCUACUUUGGGAAGUCGUCGCCGCUAAAAUGGCCGACAAGGGUUUUGCCCGAAGCGCAGAACAGUGUAAGAGCAAGUGGAAGAACCUCGUCACUAGAUACAAGGCGUGUGAAACGACUGAACCAGAAGCUAUUAGACAGCAGUUCCCAUUCUACAACGAGAUACAAACGAUUUUCACAGCAAGAAUGCAAAGAAAAUUGUGGUCAGAGCCCACAGAAGCAAGCACUUCUUCGAAGAGAAAACAUCAUCAGUUUUCAUCUGACGAAGAAGAGGAAGAAGAAGAAGUUCAUGAGGAGCCAAAUCAAGACAUCAACGAGGAAUUAUUGUCUUUCGUCGAGACAGACAAGAAAGAGGCAGAAGUGAUUACUACAACUCAUCCAAGAAAACGUGUGAAAAAAGGAAAAGGUAUUACAGGUGGUACCAGAGCUGAGACUGCGGACAGUACACUGAAAGAAAUGUUGGAGGAGUUUAUGAAGCAAACGGUGAGGAUGGAGAAAGAAUGGAGAGAUGCGUGGGAGGUGAAGGAGAGAGAGAGGGAGAAGAGAGAGAACGAGUGGCGGAGGAGAAUGGCUGAGCUAGAAGAGGAGAGAGCUGCCGCGGAGAGGAGGUGGAUGGAGAGAGAGGAUGAGAGACGUCUGAGAGAAGAAGCUAGGGCUCUCAAGAGAGAUACACUCAUUGAUGCUUUGCUUAAUAAGCUUAACAGAGAUCACAAUGAUCAUGAUCAGUAUCAAGGCUUUUAA